CUUGUUUUGCUUCUUUUCCUCCCUGCAUUUUCUUGUCGGGCCGAGAGCAGUCCUCCCAAAACAUUGGAGCUGAAACUAAAUUUCAACAUUUUUCAAACGGAGAAAACCUCCGACUUUGCCUUGAAAACUUCCACUUAAACCUUUUUGGCCCACUUUUCUGCCACGUUGGAGUCGUCUUCCGCCGACAUCGAGCGAAGAGGUGCUGCCGUUCCCAGGCCUCCAAUCCACGGCGGAGGGAGGGAAGGAGGUCGCUGGGAAUCGGGAUGGAGUCUGCAGUGGGUGCCAGUGGGCCUGGUGGACCGGACGGACCGGAUACGUUUGGAUGCGCCUCGUUCAACCAAGACUCCACGUCAUUGGCUUUGGGAACUAAGACUGGGUACAAGCUGUUUUCUCUGACCACAGUGGAUAAACUGGACUGCAUUCAUGAGAGUGAGACUUCCAAUGUCUACAUUGUGGAGCGUCUCUUCUCUAGCAGUCUGGUCGUUGUUGUAAGCACCACUACGCCGCAGCUCAUGAAUAUCUACCACUUCAAGAAGGGCACAGAGAUCUGCAACUACAGCUACCCCAACAACAUCCUGGCUGUCAAACUCAACAGACAUAGGCUUGCUGUGUGCCUUGUGGACUCCAUUUAUAUCCACAACAUCAAAGACAUGAAGCUGCUCAAGACUCUGCUCAACAUUCCAUCCAACCCUUCAGGCCUCUGUGCUUUAUCUACCAAUCAUUCCAACUCCUACCUAGCAUACCCUGGCAACGCCACAAUGGGAGAGAUAAUAGUUUAUGAUGCCAACAAUAUGAGCACAGUGACAAUGGUCCCUGCGCACGACAGUCCUUUGGCAGCUCUUUGCUUCAAUGCCUCAGCCACCAAACUUGCCAGUGCCUCAGAGCGGGGCACUGUAAUCCGAGUGUUUUCCAUUCCUGAGGGCUUGCGUCUGUUUGAGUUCCGUCGUGGCAUGAAGAGGUACGUCAACAUAAGCUCUUUGUCCUUUAGCCCUGAUGCCCAGUUCCUCUGUGCAUCCAGCAACACAGAAACGGUACAUAUCUUUAAACUGGAGCAAGUGGGACCAAGUGGAGAUGAGACUGCCAGUUGGUCCGCCUAUGUGGGAAAGAUGUUCACAGCAGCCAGCAGCUACCUACCUGCUCCAGUAUCUGGUAUGAUGAGCCAGGACCGCGCCUUUGCCACAGUUCAUCUCGUCACGUCAGGCCAGAGGAACGUCUGUGCCCUGACCAUGAUCCAGAAACUUCCACGUUUGCUGGUAGCCACAGCUGAUGGCCAGCUUUUCAUCUACAAUGUGAAUCCAGAGGACGGAGGCGAGUGCAUGUUGGCAUUCAAUCACAGGCUUUUUGGUAUUGAUGACUUGGAUGAGGCUAAUCAUCAAGAAGCAGAGGGAUCAGAAGUCACAGUGCCAGCACAGGCGUGUCCAUCAUAUGCUGCAACUGUUGCCUUACCAGCUUCUGGUCCCACCACAGCGACUCUUACUGGCUACUCUGAAGAUGGUGGAGCAAAGAACGGGGACGUAAUCCCAGAACACGAGUUUGCCGCUGGACCCGUGUGUCUGGAUGAUGAGAAUGAGUUUCCUCCUGUGAGCAUCCAGAAGUGCUAACUAAGCAAGCUCCUGUAAUAGUACAAUCGUUGGUGCCGUGAUGAGACCGGAGUUGCCCAGGGGAGGCGCAUGUGAGGUGGUUGAGGGUCACAUACAAGCUCCAGCAAGCGAGAUGAGCAGGAACACAAUUUUUAUGGUGCCAACCUACCUUUUCUUUCAGUGAUGAAAUAAAUAGACACUUAAAUUAGGGUUGAUGUGGCAAACAAGGCACUCACAGUUUAGAAGAUUUACCGUCCAGUAGGAGUUUCAGAAAUGUGACACUUAAUAACUGUGUUUCAGAACAAUACCAUAACGGUAUAAAUCCGAUUUAAUCAAAGUGGCCUCAAGUUUUCUCCAAGCUUACUCAAAAUAUCAACUGUGAGGUUGGAGGUUUUUCUGAGUUUUUUUUUUGUUUUCAAUGACGAUGGCAACUUAAAAAGGAAAUCAGGGAGUUUAUGCUUAAGUAUUUUAUGAAUAUUUGAGGUGCAUGCUGGGACAGCAAUAUAACCAUAAUUUUCAAAGCUCUAUUACUUGACAGAUAUUUUAUUAAUGUGCAUUAUUGUAGCAAAAUGUUUCGCUUAAUAUCUUUCGUUCAUACUCAUGGUAACAUAUUUCAUUUUUAAAUUGUUUUUAUUUUACUGUGUUGACAUGACUUAUGUGUUUGUGUCUUGAAUACAGGCCUGGAAAUGUCUUGUACUGUGUUAUGUGUGACUAUUAUCGUUUAUAUAACAAAGCAAAUAAUUUUGCUGAUUGCACAAGACCAAAACAAAUCAAUCAAAACAAAUAAACAAGGGAAGUGGUGUAUAA